CACGACCCAGCUCCCGCUUCUUGGCGGCCACAGUAAGAACCCGGCGUCCCGCUCCAGAGGUGACGGCUCGGAUGUGAGCGCGACGCGACAGGAAUGCCGGGUGGGGGGCAACACGGGAGGGAGAGAGAGUGGCCUCUUAUAGGGACGCGAGGGGGUCACGUCCAAGAGACUUUGAGGGGACAGAGGGACCGUCCGCGCGGUCCUCAACUGGACCAGCAGCAUGCGCAACAGUGGCUGACACCGUGCAAAGUCCUCCGGCACGCCAACCUUCCAACACAGGCCCGCCUCUGAAAGAUGACGUCCACCGACCCACCGUCCUCCCGUAGCUCCUCCCCCCACAAGGUGUGUCACUCCCAGACGCAGACGGACGUCUUGAAACCCCUGCUGGGCGCUGGCGGGCUAUCCAACGCCGGCGGCGCGCUGCGCAAGCGGCGGCGGGUCCUGUCCAAAGAUGGUCGCAGCAACAUCCGCAUCCAGCACGUCAGCGGGCGUGGCUCUCUCUACAUGCGAGACCUGUGGACCACCUUUGUGGACAUGCAGUGGCGCUACAAGUUCUUCCUCUUCACCGCCACAUUUGCCGGCACCUGGUUCCUCUUCGGGGUGCUUUGGUACCUGCUGGCGCUGGUGCACGGGGACUUGCUCGAGUUCGAGCCACCAUCCAACCACACCCCAUGCGUGAUGCAGAUGCAGACGCUGACGGGCGCCUUCCUCUUCUCGCUGGAGUCGCAGACCACCAUUGGCUACGGCUUCCGCUGCAUCACUGAAGAGUGUCCCCUCGCCAUAGUCCUGCUCAUCAUCCAGCUGCUCAUCACCACGCUCAUGGAGAUCUUCAUCACUGGAACCUUCCUGGCAAAGGUGGCGCGUCCCAAGAAGCGAGGCGAGACGGUCAAGUUCAGCCAGCACGCCGUGGUGUCGAGCCAGGAGGGACGCCCGUGCCUCAUGAUCAGGGUGGCCAACAUGCGCAAGAGCCUCCUGCUGGGAUGUCAGGUGACGGGCAAGCUGCUCCAGUCGUCUCUGACCAAGGAGGGCGAGACGGUUCGGUUGGACCAGCGCAACGUGGCCUUCCAGGUGGACACGUCCAGUGACAGCCCCUUCCUCAUCCUGCCGCUCACCUUCUACCACGUCAUUGACGACGACAGCCCCCUCAGGACAUGGGCGGCCAAGGGCGGCGGCUGGACUGACCCGGAAUUAGCCGACUUUGAGCUGCUGGUCAUCCUUAGCGCGACCAUCGAGCCCACGUCGGCCACCUGCCAGGUUCGCACCUCCUACUUGCCCGAUGAGAUCUUGUGGGGCUACGAGUUCCCGCCCGUGGUCUCCCUGUCGCCGUCGGGCAAAUACGUGGCCGACUUCGCCUUUUUCGACAAGGUGGCAAAGAGCAAGGCGGCGCCCGUGUUCAAACCGGCAACUGGCCAGCCGCGCGACCACCAGAGCAACGGCGGCAGCAAACUCGCUGGCGGGUCUGACCCGGAGAAGAUCCGCCUGGAGCAAAGCUACAGAGAGGAGCGAGGCCGCAUCAGCGUACGCAUCAGCAACGUGUGAAAACCUACUAUGGGAUUCUUUCUGGACUGUAGCGCAGUCCGCCUUGCAAAACCUGAGAACAAACUCAGGAAAAUCAAAUUGCACUGAAAAGUAAACUGCUGAACUGAGAGGUGGCAGAGGGAGAGGCGGAGCAACAGGAAGAAAUCUACCUUGCCCCUGUAGAUGUGUCCCAUUAAUUUUUUUUUUUUUUUUUGCCCAAACACCACAUUUGCACAUUUCAGGGUCACAAAGGGGAAAAGUACAAAUAAAAUACAAUGAGGACAAAAUCUUGUGAUAUUGCAAAAAAAGGGAGACAGUCACAUUAAAAAAAUAAUAAUCCCCUGUAAUUAACACUUAUGAAAAAAGUCUUAAUUUUUUUUUUGAGAUGGGGGGCAAAUCAGUGAUUUUGAUUAGUUUAAAUAUAGUCAAACUUAUAUAUUUUAAAAAUGUUUUUGUACAGGUUGUAUUUUGAGGCGAUGGUAGUCAUCAGAGUAAAAUUAUAGACAAAAGGUUUUUAGACAAAAAGUAAGAAUUUGUUCAAAAAAAUCUUAAUAGAAUCAUUUUUUGACAAUUACUUUGGAAUUUUUACAUUUAAGAGUCACAAUUAUAUUUUUUGAGAUAUUUUUAUUUUAUUUUGCCAAAAAAGCAUAGCCUUAAAAUUAUUUUUCAAACAAAGUCAAAAUAAUACAUAGAGAAAAAAAGGUUUUUUUUUGUUUUAUUCCGUUGUAUUACUGGGGGCGUCUCCCAACCGCAGAGGUGGGUGGUUUAACAUCUGCUAUCUACAUAAGCAGCAAAUGCAAAAAAAGGGGGCACAGAACCCGAGUGAAUGUAUUGUUCUUUUUUGUCUUUUUGCAUAUUUGUGUAGGUGUGUUUAUUGUAUCUUAAAA